CUUUUUCUUUUACUUGAGAUUACAACUCCGAAUUCCUACAGAACACGGUGAACAAUGUUAAAAGUCCGAAACUUGAUAUGAAUACCACCACCAACCGUGACUCCCACGUUUCCUAAUCCUCACAGAAAUCGGUUUUCAACAAAGGUUAAGGUUAAACCCCAAAACUUUUCUUAUAAAUACCCCCACAUACUCCCCCACACUUUACUCUAUAUUCUAUUGCUUUGCUUUUGUUCUGUUCUGUUCUGUUGUUUCCUUUUGUUUCUAUUUAGUCCAUAGCAAGGCAGAGCAAGCAUCAACAUCCAUGGAUUCCCUCAACGAUAAGAAGAAGAAGGCUCCCAAUAGGUUGGUCGUGGAGGAGCCCAUUAACCACGACGACAACUCUGUGAUCUUACUGCACCCUGAUACCAUGCACACCCUCAACUUCUUUCAUGGUGAUACUGUCUUGAUCAAGGGGAAGAAGAGACGGGACACGGUUUGCGUUGUUCUUGAUGACGCUGCUUGUGACAGUUCCAAGGUUUUCAUGAACAAGGUGGUGCGUUCUAACCUUAGAGUCAGGCUUGGUGAUGUGGUUUCCAUUCAUCACUGUCAUGGUAUUAAUUACGGCUAUAGAGUUCACGUUCUACCUAUUGAUGACACCAUUGAAGGCCUUACUGGGAGUAUCUUUGAUGCCUACUUGAAGCCUUAUUUUAUGGAUUCGUUUAGGCCGGUGAGGAAAGGUGAUCUUUUUGUUGUGAGGGGUGGGAUGAGGAGUGUAGAGUUUAAGGUGAUGGAGACUGAUCCUGCUGAGUAUUGCAUUGUUGCACCUGAGACUGAAGUUUACUGUGAAGGAGAGGCUUUGAGGAGAGAAGAUGAGGAAAGAUUGGAUGAGAUUGGUUAUGAUGAUAUUGGUGGUGUUAGGAAGCAACUUGGUCAGAUUCGUGAAUUGGUGGAAUUGCCUUUAAGGCAUCCACAGCUUUUUGAAACUAUUGGAGUGAAGCCUCCCAAGGGAAUUUUGCUAUAUGGGCCUCCUGGUACUGGCAAGACACUCAUAGCAAAGGCUAUUGCUAAUGAAACUGGGGCUUUCUUUUUCUGUAUUAAUGGGCCGGAGAUUAUGAGCAAGUUGGCUGGUGAGAGCGAGAGUAAUUUGAGGAAAGCUUUUGCUGAAGCAGAGGAGAAUGCUCCUUCGAUUAUAUUUAUUGAUGAGAUUGACUCUAUUGCUCCCAAGCGUGACAAGACUGGUGGAGAGGUAGAGAGGAGGAUUGUUUCACAGCUUUUGACAUUGAUGGAUGGUGUGAAUUCCCGGGCACAUGUUAUUGUUAUUGGAGCCACCAAUAGGCCUAAUAGUAUUGACCCUGCAUUAAGAAGGUUUGGGAGGUUCGAUAAAGAGAUUGAUAUUGGUGUUCCGGAUGAAGAUGGGCGUCUUGAGGUUCUUCAUAUCCAUACCAGGAAGAUGAAGCUCUCUGAAGAUGUGAACUUGGAAAGAGUGGCCAAGGAAACUCAUGGACAUGUGGGUGCGGAUCUUGCGGCUCUUUCUACUGAAGCUGCACUACAAUGUAUUAGAGAAAAAAUGGAUGUGAUUGACAUGGAAGAUGAAACCAUCGAUGCUGAGGUUCUCAAUUCCAUGGCUGUCACCAAUGAUCACUUUAGUGCUGCUCUUGCAACUAGCACUGCCUCUGCUUUGCGUGAAACGUUUGUGGAAGUCCCUAAUGUUAGCUGGGAAGACAUUGGUGGACUUGAGAGUGUCAAGACAGAGCUUCAAGAGACAGUUCAAUAUCCAGUGGAGCAUCCCGAAAAGUUUGAGAAGUUUGGAAUGUCACCAUCUAGAGGAGUUCUCUUCUAUGGUCCUCCUGGUUGUGGAAAAACCCUUUUGGCCAAGGCUAUUGCCAAUGAAUGUCAGGCUAAUUUCAUUAGCAUCAAGGGUCCUGAGUUACUCACAAUGUGGUUUGGGGAGAGUGAGGCCAAUGUUAGGGAUGUUUUCGACAAGGCUCGCCAGUCAGCACCUUGUGUCUUGUUCUUUGAUGAACUUGACUCCAUUGCUAUUCAGAGAGGAAGUGGAGUUGGAGAUGCUGGUGGUGCUGCUGAUAGAGUUUUGAACCAGCUUUUAACCGAAAUGGAUGGGUUAUCAUCUAAGAAAACUAUUUUUGUCAUUGGAGCUACUAAUAGGCCUGAUAUAAUUGAUCCAGCACUUCUAAGACCUGGUCGUCUUGAUCAAUUGAUCUAUAUCCCUCUGCCGGAUGAGGCUUCACGGCUUCAGAUUUUCAAAUCUUGUCUUAGGAAAUCACCUGUGUCAAAAGAUGUUGACCUUACAGCUCUUGCCAAGCUUACAGGAGGCUUUAGUGGGGCAGAUAUCACAGAAAUAUGCCAGCGGGCUUGCAAAUAUGCCAUUAGAGAGGACAUUCAAAAGGAUAUUGAGAGGGAAAGCGGCACUAUGGCAAAGGAUUCCGCAGAUGAAAUGGCUGAGAUCAAGGAAGCUCACUUUGAGGAGUCCUUGAAGUUUGCCAGAAGGAGUGUGAGUGAUGCUGACAUCCGCAAGUAUCAAGCUUUUGCUCAAACAUUGCAGCAAUCCAGGGGCUUUGGGUCUGCUUCCUAUGGAGAUCCUGUUGUUGAUGAUGCACCUCCUGCUACUUCGAGUUCCUCCACAUCUGUUCAUGCCAUUCCACAGCAAGUGCUUGACAUUCAAGCAACUCAAGGAGACAUGUUGCGGUCUUUACUGAUCGCUCAGGCUGCACAUGGUCAGCUCUUGGAUACACUGAUGGGCAAUAUGGCUGAAUUGCGUAUCCAGCUUCAUCAGUUGAAAAGUUCGUUGUCCUCCACACCACCUCCUGGGCCCUCUGAUAGAGUUUGCUUUGCCAAUGUGUCACAAAAGGGGGGAGCACAUCUGUUUGCAUCUUCAGCUGAUGGGGUUGAUGAUGCUGAGCUUUAAGGACUUAGAUAUCCAGAGAAUCAGAAUCAUACAAUUCUUUGUAGCUAGAAUAAGUAUUAUAGGAUUUUAAAUUUAGUUCUCUCCCUUCUUACUUUCUGCAAUGAACUUCAGC